AUGGUGAUUCGAAGACAUCAGUUGUUCAGUUCAUCAAGAGUACCCAACAUGGAACUUUUUAUCAUCGCCGUUGUUUUGGCUGUUGCUGCCGCAGCGCCUUCCAGUUAUAAGCCGGAAUACCAAGCUCCCAGCUAUACUACCCCAAGCUACCUAGCACCAAAGUACCCUACUCCUAGCUACCCUACACCAGCCUAUCCCGAACCAGCCUACCCUACUCCCAGCUACAACAAGGAUAAUAAAUACGUUGAUAUCACCAUCACCAGCCAAUCUGACGAGCGCAACAUUGAUGGCAGCAGCCAGUGGAGCUAUGCUCAGUCUGACUACGCAACUCGUGAAGAGUCCCAGGUCCAGAAGAAGAUGCAAGGAGUCACUUACGACUCUUACGGAAAAGAAUCGUACGGUGAAGUCCUAGGCAACACCAACAAGGGAUCCUCUUACUGGGUUUCUCCUGAAGGACAAAAAUUCACUUUGACGUGGACUGCUGAUGAUGCUGGAUUCCAGCCCAAAGGUGAGCACUUGCCCGUCGCUCCCGUCCACGUCUACGAGCUCCCAGUUGCUCCUGUCCACGAAUAUGAACUCCCAGUUGCCCCUGCUCUCCCUUAUGCGCGCACUGGACUCGGCUAUUAAAACAUUAGCAUUUCGUUAGUGAUAUCUGACUGAUGCGAACUAUUAGGGACUAAAUUAUUGAUUUUCAAAUAAAACGGAUGGAGCCUGAA